AUGCGAAUGUGGCAGUGGGAAGAGAAGCCAAGAGACCCUUCGAAGCAGACCUGGACGGAUGGUUCUAGUCCUGGAGAAGACACAACAGAAAUAAAGUCAGAUCUGCUAUCCCAGAAGCUGCCAUGGCGGGUCUCCACCAAGCUGCCCUCUGUUGCUUCCGCGCUGCUCAAUCAGUUUGCUGGAGAUCGGGGUGAAACGGUGGUCCGCGGGCUGGAUGUCCUGCACGCGCGUUGGUAUCGGAUGCUGCCACACGGGAAGACGUGCCUGUCCUGCCAGGGUCCGUGGGGGUCCACUCUCAGUCAUCCAAGGACAGCCUUUUUCCCACCUCUUCUGUCUGUGGUGCUUUGGGGUGCCAUCCUGUGGGCUGGCUUCCUCCCCGAUCCGGCCCUCGGGUCAGGGACCUUCACCUUGGGGGUGCUGGGUCCUUGGGACUGUGACCCCAUCUUUGCCAGGGCCCUCCCCAGUGUAGCAGCCCAGCUGGCUGUGGACCGAGCCAACCAGGACUCCUCACUGGUGCUGGGCUCGAGGCUGGCUUCCGUGGUCCUUGCCACGGGCUGUGACACCUCUCAUGCUCUGGCCACGUUCCUGGCCCACAAGAAUACCGUGGCUGCCUUUGUGGGCCCUGUCAAUCCCGGUUACUGUCAAGCGGCAGCCCUGCUGGCCCAAGGCUGGGGCAAGACCCUCUUCUCCUGGGCUUGCGGAGCUCCAGAAGGAGGAGGUGAGCUGGUGGCCACCUUGCCUUCGGCUGCCCACGUGCUGCUGUCUAUCAUGAGACACUUUGGCUGGGCUCGCGUGGCCAUCGUGUCCUCCCACCAGGACAUCUGGGUGGCCACAGCCCGGCAGGUGGCCGUGACUCUGAGGACGCAUGGGCUGCCUGUGGGGCUGGUGACCUCUCUAGGACCUGGGGAGCAGGGGGCCACGGAGGUCCUGGAGCAGCUCUGCCGCGUGGACGGUCUGAAAAUGGUGGUGCUCUGCAUGCAUUCGGCGCUCCUGGGGGGCCUGGAGCAGACGGCCCUGCUGAGCCGAGCGUGGGCCCAGGGCCUGGCAGAUGGGAGGCUGGUCUUCCUGCCCUACGAUACCCUGCUCUUUGCCUUGCCCUACCGCAACCGCUCCUACGCGGCCCUUGGCGACCGUGGGCCCCUGCAGGAGGUCUAUGACGCAGUGCUCACCGUCAGCCUGGAGUCCGGCCCUGUGGACGAGGCCUUGGAAGCUGCCAGGGCCAUUGGAGAGGUGGCUGCCCACCUGGAGCCAGAGCAGGUGUCCCCGCUCUUUGGGACCAUCUAUGAUGCUGUUGUCCUGCUGGCCCAUGCCCUGAACCGCUCUGAGAGCCAUGGGGCAGGACUCUCGGGGGCCCACUUGGGAGACCAUACAGGGGCUCUGAAUGUGGCUGGCUUUAGCCAGAGGAUCCGGACGGAUGAGAAGGGCAGGAGAUUGGCUCAGUACGUCAUCUUGGACACAGAUGGUCAGGGAAGCCAGCUGGUCCCCACCCACAUUCUGGACACAGGCACGUGGCAAGUGCAGCCCCUGGACAGGGCCAUACACUUUCCAGGAGGGGCCCCUCCAGCACGUGACUCCAGCUGCUGGUUUGACCCCAAUAUGCUAUGCAUGAGAGGUAAUUCAUCAUCCCUCCAUCCAUUCAUCUAUCCAUCCGUCCAAUCACCCAAUGCGUUUUCCUCUUCCUGGAGAAGGAAGGCCCAGGAGGAGGUACAGGAGCUGGGUGAAGGGGGCUGCCCUCCUUGUGUGGUUGUUACUGUUAGGACUCACGUCCAUCCUGCUCUGCCCACAGAUGCACAGCUCCCUGGGAGCUUCCUCGCUUUUGUCCUGGCAUGUGUCCUGUUGCUGGCUGGCGGGACCCUCACUUGCCUCAUCAGAUUGGGCAUCCAACAGCUACAGCUGGUGCGGGGCCCCCACCGGAUCCUGCUGACAGCCCAGGAGCUCACCUUCAUCCAUCGGCCGCCAAGCAGACGGAGGCUGCACGUGGACAGCGUGAGUGAAUCAAGAAGUGUGGCAGAUGGCGGGAGCCUGAGGUCGGUGGCCCAGGGGUCAGCAAGGAGCCUGCUGGCCCCCCAGGAGCCCACCAAUGUGGCCCUGUACCAGGGGGAGUGGGUGUGGCUGAAGAGGUUUGAAGCAGGCACAGCCCCUGAGCUUCGGCCCAGCUGCCUCAGCCUCCUGAGAAAGAUGCGGGAGAUGCGGCAUGAGAACGUUGCUGCCUGCCUGGGCUUCUUUGUGGCCCCUGGGGUCAGUGCUCUAGUGCUGGAGCACUGUUCCCGGGGCAGCCUGGAGGACCUGCUGCGGAAUGAAGCUCUGCGGCUGGACUGGACUUUCAAGGCCUCUCUGCUGCUGGAUUUGAUCCGUGGCAUGCGGUAUCUGCACCAUCGACAUUUCCCUCACGGACGCCUCAAGUCCCGAAACUGUGUGGUGGAUGGGCGCUUUGUUCUCAAGGUCACUGACCACGGUUAUGCAGAGCUCCUGGACGUUCAGCGGGCUCCCCACCCCCGGCCAGCCCCAGAAGAGCUGUUGUGGACGGCUCCAGAGCUGUUGCGGGGGCCCGGGGCACCGGGACGGGGCACCCUCAAAGCAGACAUCUUCAGCAUCGGCAUCAUCCUGCAGGAGGUGCUGACUCGAGGCCCACCCUACUGCUCCUCAGGGCUCUCCGCAGAAGAAAUCAUCAGGAAGGUGGCGUCGCCCCCUCCCCUGUGCCGGCCCCUGGUGUCUCCUGACCAUGGGCCGCCCGAGUGUAUCCAGCUGAUGGAGCAGUGCUGGGAGGAGGCUCCAGAGGACAGACCCAGUCUAGACCAGAUCUACACCCAGUUCAAAAGCCUCAAUCAAGGCAAGAAGACCAGUGUUGCUGACUCUAUGUUGUGGAUGCUGGAGAAGUAUUCCCAGAACCUGGAGGACCUGAUCCAGGAGCGGACUGAGGAACUGGAGCUGGAGAGGCAGAAGACAGAGAGGCUGCUCUCUCAGAUGCUCCCUCCGUCUGUGGCUGGAGCUCUGAAAAUGGGGGCAACCGUGGAGCCAGAGUACUUUGACCAGGUUACCAUAUACUUCAGUGACAUUGUGGGUUUCACCAUCAUCUCAGCCCUGAGCGAGCCCAUUGAGGUGGUAGGCUUGCUCAACGACCUCUACACACUGUUUGACGCUGUUCUGGGUAGCCAUGAUGUGUAUAAGGUGGAGACCAUCGGGGAUGCCUACAUGGUGGCCUCAGGGCUGCCCCAGCGCAACGGGAGCCGGCAUGCGGCCGAGAUCGCCAACAUGGCCCUGGACAUCCUCAGCUCUGUGAGAGGCUUCCGGAUGAGGCACGCGCCCGAUGUACCCAUUUACAUCCGGGCUGGUCUGCACUCAGGGCCCUGUGUGGCAGGGGUCGUUGGUCUCACCAUGCCUCGGUACUGCCUCUUUGGUGAUACUGUGAACACCGCAUCCCGGAUGGAGUCCACAGGACUGCCAUACAGGAUUCAUGUCAACAGAAGCACGGUCCAGAUGCUGCUCAGCCUGGAUGAAGGCUACACAGUUGACAUCAGAGGCCAGACUGAGCUAAAGGGGAAGGGCAAAGAGGAGACCUACUGGCUGGUGGGGAAGGCAGGCUUCCCCAGGCCCCUCCCCACACCACUGAACAUCAAACCUGGGGAUCCCUGGCAGGACCUCAUAAACCAAGAAAUCAAGGUGGCCUUUGCCAAAGCGCGCCAGGGUAUGGCCAGGCCCAGGAGCUCGGGUCAGGCCUUUGCUGGGCCCUGAGGAGGAAAACAGGGGGGCAGGGGCCUGUCCCAGCCCAGAAAUUCUUGUGCCUACGUACCCCCAAACCCUCCUUCUACUCCAAUCCCCGCAGAGAAUGCUCUUGCCCAGCAACCUGAAAGCCAACAGAGUGCUCGUUAAGAAGUGCCCUAGAGCGAUAUUAACUGAUGCAUUCCAGUAUGAAUCCUAUGGGCAAACUUGCCUCUUGAUACAAAAACAAUAAAAAUAGAAUUAUUCCCUCCCUUUCA